GUAUAUCGAUGAUAAUUGUUAAAAUGUCAAAAAUAAGUUUGUGUAUUUUGAGAGUUUGCUAGAUUAAUUUACAAUUGUUGGGCUUAUAUGAUUAAAUUAAGUGAUAUAAAGCAUUAAUUUUAUAAAAGCAGCGUAAGCUGGGGAAAUCAAACAAAUGGAAAUUGAUUCUGCUGAAGAAACGAACAUAGAGCAGCUUACAAAUAUAUCCAUUCAUGGAGAACACAUUGAACCGGAGUCAACAGAAGAUUAUGUGAAUAUUGGAAAUUGUAAGAAACGUAAGUCCAGUUUUGUAUGGAAAUACUUCCGCCAUUUAGAGAAUAGCAAUAACGGUUCAUUAGAGUGCUUAAUUUGUGGAAGCAGUGUAAGCAAACAAACCAGCAACUUGGCUCGACAUUUGUUUGCUGCGCACGACAUUAACAGGAGCACCGAUAUAGGGGAUACCCAAGAAAGUGCACCUGUCAGCGCAGUAGGUCGGCCAAGCUGUAGUUUUAUAUGGAAGUAUUGUACCAAAGAAGAUUAUCGAUACGCACGUUGUCACUUGUGUGAUAAAUUAUUAUAUUUUGGCGGUGGAAAUACUGCAAAUAUAACAAAACAUUUAAGGCGUAAACACUCAGACGUAAUUACCAGCAGAGAAUUGUGUCGCGCAAAGACUAUGGAUAAUGCAGAAGAAUUCGUGGCAGUUAUUUCAUCCAAUCAACUAGAUUCUACAAUGAACAGUUGCGAUGAUGAACUGGUUAAAGUGAAAGAUGAAAACAAUUCUGAAGGAAGGCGUAUGCGAAAAGAACGAAAGGGAAGCAGCUAUGUAUGGAAUUAUUGUGAGAAACUUUCGAGGCACACAAUUCGAUGCAAACUUUGUAAAAAGGUUAUGAGUUUUCAUGGUACAGCGAACGUAAUAACACAUUUACAACGAAGACACAAUAUCGUUGGACGUGUAGAGAGUGAAACAGCAAGGUUAAAUAAUGUCGGCGAUGAAGAUAACGCAAUAGCAGAUUUGAAGGAUGAUCAAGAGGCAGCUGCGCAGCGACGCAGAAGAUCUACGGCGGCAACAAGCAUUGUUUGGAAAUACUGUACACGACUUGGUCCAGAUGUCGUGCGUUGUAGCUUUUGUAAAAAGAAUCUAUCCUUUCAAGGCACAAGUAAUUUACAACGACACUUACAUCGCAUGCACGGGGUGGUGACACAAACGCGUGUGUUCGGUGAAUUAUUACAAGAGGCUGCAGAAAUUGAUGACACUUUAAUAUGGGAACAUUGUGAGCACACAGAAGAUGGUAAAAUUAAAUGUACCAUGUGUAAAAGUGUCUUUGAUGAUAAGGAUUUUAAAGAUAUACGCACACACCUCACAACAACGCAUGCAAUAACGUCGACCCCUCCAGUUAAACGCGAUAGAAGAAGAAGAGGAAAUUUAGGAUUAGAUGAUGCUUGUGAAGAAACAGAUGACUACGAAUACGAACAUGACGAGGAUAAUUGGCGUGGUGAAAAUGAGGAAUUUACAAUAGAGUAUAAUGAUGGGAAUAUAAAAAAGGACCACACGACAUUCGAUGAUAUAAUAGAGGAGGAUCAGGCUGGUCAAAUUAUAUGUGAUGAAGAUCCUUUCGACCCAAAUAUGAUGCAUAAUUAUCCCAUGGCACGACCUUUAUCCGCUGCUUCCAGUUUUGACGCAUCACCAGAUCGAACUUUCAAAAUGUCAACUAGUACUAGUAGAUUACGGAAAUUAAAUGAAGAACGUUUACGUAUGGAAACUGAAUACUUUAAAGAAAAAGCAGGGUAUUAUCGUAUGCAAAAAUAUUUUACAGCAUUGCAGGCUAAGAAAGCUCGAAUCGAGCUAGAUCGACUACUAAACAUAAAUUCAAAUGAUACCGCAUACCAUGUGAAUAUAGAUAUGCCCAAUGUACAGACGUCGACCUCCAGCAUUUAAUGAAAGCAAUAACAUAUAAAAUAUAAAAAUAAUACCUAUGAUCUUAGUUGA